GUAGCCGGGUGGGCCAUGUCCGGGGCCGCAGCGGGCGGCAGAGGUGGAGGUUCCUGGGGGCCGGGGCGCGGAGGGGCGGGGGGUCUCCGGCGGGGAUGCUCUCCACCGGCGCCCGCUGGCUCCCCCCGGGCCGGGCUGCAGCCACUCAGGGCUACAGUCCCCUUCCAGCUGCAGCAGCCGCACCAGCGCCGGGACGGGGGUGGCCGCGCAGCCAGUGUCCCAUGUUCGGUGGCCCCAGAAAAGUCAGUGUGUAGGCCUCAGCCACCCCAGGUUCGACGUACAUUCUCCCUGGACACCGUCCUCAGUUCCUACCUUCUGGGCCAGUGGCCACGAGAUGCUGAUGGGGCCUUCACCUGCUGUACCAAUGACAAGGCCACCCAGACACCUCUAUCCUGGCAAGAGCCGGAAGGUGAGCGGGCCAGCUUCUGCAUGCACAAGCGAUCAGCGUCCUGGGGCAGCACUGACCAUCGAAAAGAGAUCACCAAGUUGAAGCAACAGCUACAGAGGACAAAGCUGAGCCGCAGUGGGAAGGAGAAGGAACGGAGCUCCCCUGUCCAAGGGGACCAUGCUGUACGGGGAGCCAUGAGGGCAUCCCUUCCCAGCUUCCCCCCAGGAUCCCCUGUCCUGCGACUCAGCCCUUGCCUGCACAGAAGUCUAGAAGGGCUCAACCAGGAGCUGGAAGAGGUGUUUGUGAAGGAGCAGGGUGAAGAGGAGCUGCUGAGGAUACUUGAGGUCCCUGAUGGGCACCGUGCCCCAGCUCCUCCACAGAAUAACAGCUGUGACCAUCCCCUCCUCCUCCUGGAGCCAGGCAACAUGACCAGCUCUCCCUCUGUGCCACUGGCAUCCCCCCAGCCUCCUGGCCAGGCCAGCCGGGAGGAGCACCGGGGUGCCACUGAGGAGCUGACAUCCAUCCCCAGUGACAAAGCCUCCUCUCCAGGCCACCCAGCCUUCCUAGAAGAUGGCAGUCCAUCUCCAGUUCUUGCCUUUGCUGCCUCUCCUCGGCCCAAUCACAGCUAUGUCUUCAAACGGGAGCCCCCAGAAGGCUGUGAGAGAGUGCGUGUGUUUGAGGAGGCCACGUCCCCAGGUCCUGACUUGGCCUUCUUGACUUCCUGUCCUGACAAGAACAAAGUCCAUUUCAACCCGACUGGCUCAGCCUUCUGCCCUGUCAGCUUGAUCAAGCCCCUCUUCCCCAGCAUGGGCUUCAUCUUCCGGAACUGCCCUUCCAGCCCUGGCUCUCCUCUUCCUCCUGCCAGUCCCAGGGCACCACCUCGGAAGGAUCCAGAAGCUUCCAAGGCCUCCUCACUGCCAUUUGAGCCAUGGCAGCGCACCCCACCAUCAGAAGAGUCUGUGCUUUUCCAGAGCUCCUUGGUAGUCUGAGCCCCCCACCCCUGCACACUCUUUUACCAUGGAGACCAGUGCCUUGGUGGCAAGCUCCUCAUUAGCUUCCCAAACUGGGGAUGGAGGAGCCCUUCCCUCUUGGCCUUUGAGCACUUUCAUUUAUUGUGUCAAAGCCCUAGGUCCUUUGGUGGACGUCAGCCCCUCCAAAGGGAGGAGACUUACCUUCUCCACUAGCAGCUAGGCAGCUCACAACUUACACUUGUGUACCUGCGGCUUCCCUCACUUGCUAGGAGGUCUUGAGUCUUCUAGCCCACGGUGUGAGUUCAGAUGACUUACGCAAGGCUCUUGUUAUGGAACAAGCUGUCUGUGAGUGAGAGAGGGAGAUGCCACAGACUCCUUACAGCCCCACCUCUAGAGACAGAGGAGAUCAGACCCGACGCCUCCCUCCUAGAGGAGCUGACUAAAGUGGUCCUCAGGGCCAGAACACUUGACCAAUUCAGCUGUUGGCAGGGGGACCAUGGGAUUUCCCAGGUGGCAUUUUCAUCUCACUUUUACCCUGACUAAAGAUUGUCUUAAGCAGCAUCCCAGCCCCAAGUGGAUAGCGGGAAGAGGGAGAGCUGGCACUCCUGCAGGUGGCACAUGGUGGCUCCAUACCCUCCACCUGCUCCAGGGUUAGGGUGGAUUAGAAAAAUGCCUAUUUUUCUUAUAUCGAUGUAGAAACUCUAUUUUCUCCCAAAGACACUAUUUUUGCAGCUAUUUGAAGUUUGUAUAUUUUCUGUACUGCAGAGCUUACACAAAAUUGAAGAAUGUUAAUGUUCAAGUUUUCUUAUCUUAUGUUUAGAAGUUGUUUUUUGCAGGUCUUGAUGUUAAUAGACCAAAUAAAUAAGUACUCCAGCA